AUGAAAGCAGGGACAAGGGCGAAUCGGCCACCACCUCCUCCUAGAGGACGCAUUCUCCAUCAGUCACCGGGAGAUGCAGGGUCAAGUUCAGACUCUCCUGGCUUCCUCCAGAACCAACUAUGGAUUUCCGGCGGGGUUUCGCCGGCGACGGGUUCCUAUAAUCCGGCAUAUCCGGCAACCCCUUCAAUACAGGUGACAGAAGAGACGAUUGGGCACGUGCUACGAGGCCCUCCAGGCUUUACCCUCCAUCCUUUUCUAGCGAGAUUCUCAAGCCGAGGGCUGUUGUGGAGCACCUCCCUCAACGGCUACAAACCCCACAUAUGUGUCAAAAUAUGCAGAUGUAUGGAGCCAUUCCGAUGUACUCUCCUCACAAGAAUUUUCAGGCUGCUGCAUCCUCAAGUGCGAGAAAUCUCAACAGAUCCACUCUGA